GACGGCUGGCGCGGUGGGUACCGACGGGGUCGGUGUUGUGGGCUGCCCAGGGUUACCAGAUUUUAAAUAAUCCAGUUUUGGUGUGUGGGCUGGAGGUGAAGACCGUUGACAUGUCCAGGCUGCCUCAGGUUCCAUCUUCAGCCGCCAAGCGGGGCGGGUCGCCAGGUCUCCUAGCCCGUGGCUAAGAGCCCGGUUUCCUCAAAGGCAUCGUCAUCUGUUGGGUCGAGGAGCGGUUGUCUGGGCGGCUCCAGGGAGGGCCGGCGGUCAAGGCUGCUGAGCACGUUUCGCGUUGUCCUGAACAGGUUUGGGAGCCCGAGGACUGCGGAAACUUCGAGGUCGCCUCUGGCUCCAUCUUCAGGCCCCAGCCUGUGGCCCCCUAAGGCGUGGGGCUCCUCACGCGUGUCACGCCGAGGAGGAGGACUUGGCCUUUAGAAGGAAAACUUAAGGGAUAAUAAUCGCUCCUCAGGGGGAGGGCCUGGCCUCCUGGCCUCUGGCCCCGGGUUAGUGCCUAAGCUGCCUUCCUGCCUUCAGUGUGGUAUCGUGGCCUCUGACCCCCUAUUCCCUUGGCCCCCCGAGCCUGGACUUCCACUUCCCACCUCCUGGGGAAGCACUGUUUGACCAGCCUCUCCUUUCUCUGAGUGAUAUCCUGACCGAACUCCCUGGGGAAGGCUUGACCAGCUCUGGCCUCGCUCUGGUCCACUAGGGUCCCCUUGCCACUCUGGCCUCUGACCCCACCCCACCUACGGGCACCUGAGGGCCCUGGAUAACCUGACCCCAGAGUGGAGAGGGUCAACUUUCUUGGGCAUUUCUCCAUCCAUUUAGUUUCUACUUACCUCUUGGUUUUUACUUGUAUUUUAUUUUUACCUUCAUAUCUUUAAGGUUCUUUAAUCCCCACCCUACCUCCUUUAUUUUUUUUAUCGUCUUUCCUUUCUCCUCAAACCUGGGUCUUUACCCAAAUAAGAUAGCUGCCAUUCCAUUUUCAGUGCCUAGGGGCUUGUAGGUGGAUGCGAAGUGUAGUUUUUUCAUUGUCUGGAGAUGAAAAAAAUGUAUUUCCUUUACAGCGGCUCUGAAGUGAGUGAAAUAGGAUAAAUACCCCUGACUCAGGAAAAGGCAGAGGCAAGAAAUUGAUUUCAAGGUUAGUUUGUUUUCAAUUUUUGGACAAGCAGCCUCACGUGUAACUGCCCACCUUCUGGAGCUGUGUGCACUAAUUGUGGUUUCUUCAAGUUAUUUCGAGAUAUUUGAAUGGCUAAGAUGUCUGACAAUAAUGUUACCAACCAUAAGCUAAAUGUGGAAGCCAUAAUUAAAAAUAUUAACACAAUUUCUUUGGAGUUGAAGAAAAUGAAAGAGCUCUCCCAGUUACUGCUUUGUGACCUUACCCUAUGUUUUAGUCAUCCUGUGAAGACGGAUGAUUUAAAGGAAACAGAAAGAAACAACCCCGUCUUUGAAGAGUCUAAAAUGUCAGAUGUAUCUCUUGCUUCUAACAGUUUUUUAAUCUGAUAUUUUAUUUAUUUGUUGUGAAUUUAUAACUUUUUAUUGUUGAAUUAACACAUACCUAGGAGAAUUGAGUUUACUAAUAUAUUUAAUAUAAUAAAAAACAAAAUAAAAAUAUGUUGAGUUGUAAAGAAUCAUUUCAUGCUCUUGAAGACUGUUAUUUUCUUGUUUUAAUGUUUCAAGGAAUGGCUAAUUUAUUUCAUUAAUGGCAAGAGUAUGACAUAGGAAAUUGGCCAUGAGGCACUGCUUAUCCUUUACCCUAUGCCUGAAUUUGGCUUAGGUUGAAAGAGAGUUACUAAAUUCUAAAUGUAUGGUAUGACUUUAUAUUAAUCAGAUCUCUCCUGGUAGCAAGUGCCAAAAGCAACUCAAGCUAGCUGAAGCAUUUAUUGGGUCAUGUGACUUGGAAGUCCAUGGUUGGGAUAGAUUUCAGGACCUCCACUAAUUCAUCAGAUGUCUCUAUCCUGGUUCUGUUUCUGUACUUGGCCUCAUCCUCUCCUAUUAAAAGCUGAUUUCCUCCAUAUGCCAGGUAGAAGGGGGUAGAGGUAUGGUAGACAACUCCAGGUGUACAGCAGUAUCUUUUGGGGAUCCCAGAGGAAAGAGAUC